AUGGAUAUGGAAUGGGUUAACGAUGGUUUACAUGACUCUAAAGAUUGUUUAGUGUGGACAAUGCCCCAUUGUUCAGCUGUGAUGCUUGACUAUUGUUUGGAGUUGAUCACCAAAGAUCUUCCAAGUGGUAUAUUAUCACAAGAAGAGAUGGAAAAGUUGACAGAGAAUACGUACAAGUAUGUCAACUCUAUUGAAUUGGCUAGAUCAUUGACCCAACCAAUGAUUUACAUUGCAAAGGAAGAUGUAGAGGGUUAUCUAAACGAUCUCUUGUCUCUCGGGUCUAAAGAAUUCUUUCAGUUUGAUAACAUAGCCCACCACUUUAUCACAGUUCAAUUGGAUAUUGUCUAUUUAUUAGUCAAUAUUGGUGAAACACAAUACCCCUAUCUGACAAUCGAUGAUCAAGAAUUGAACAAGUGGAAUACCUAUAUUGCAUUCAAGAUUAUAUUAAUCGAUGUUAUAUCUGCAAUGAAGUUGUCAAAUAAAAUUCGCAUAGGAUUUACCAAUGCCAUAUCAACGUUGACAAUGACUGGAUCAACGAAUUCUAUUUCAAAUUAUUAUAAAAAGAGUAUCGGUGCUUGUAUCGAUUCGGAUUAUCAUCCGGAAUCUUCGACUCUUUUUGAUUUAAUUGGAAGAUAUUGUACAUUGGAUCAAGUCAAGAUGGCAUAUACAAUCGUCCAAGAGUAUAGAAAUGAUAAAUUAUUACAAUGGUCAUUAUAUAAAGCCGAUAGACCUCUAUUCAUCACUGCAAUAGCGGCAAGUAGAGCUGCAUCAUCCAAAAACUGA